UGGAAGAGAAAUAACGUAUUCUAACGGACCAGGGAUGACAAAGAGAAUUGGACGCCGAGACUGGAGAUGGCUUGCGCUUUGGUGGCAUCAUUUUUUUCUCUUGUGGAGUACAAUAGACGGGCAGACUCGAUACAGCAUUCCGGAGGAACUCAAACGGGGCUCUGUGGUAGGAAAUCUAGCCAAAGAUCUGGGUUUGGGGCUAUCAGACAUUUUUGACCGUAAGCUGCGUCUCUCCUCUGAGGCAGGCGAGCAGUAUUUCAGCGUGGACGCCGGGAAGGGGGAACUGGUGGUGAAUGACAGGAUAGACAGAGAGACGUUAUGCGCACAAAGCGCCAGCUGUGUGUUGCCUUUACAGGUUGUAACAGAAAAUCCGCUACAGCUACACCGGAUAGAAGUGGAAAUAAGAGACAUAAAUGACAAUUCUCCAAUUUUUUUAACAGAAGAGCGAUCUUUAAAGAUAGCAGAAUCUACAGCCACCGGCAUACGCUUUCCUUUAGAGACAGCACAGGAUCUGGACGUUGGCGCUAAUUCAGUAAAAUCUUACACUCUAAGCAAAGAUGAUUGUUUUAGUUUAAGGAUUAAAGAGAUGUCAGGUAAUCGAAAAGUUCCUGAACUAGUAUUAGAUAAAUCACUUGACAGAGAGAAACGAAGUGUCCAUCAUUUAUUACUGACAGCUUUAGACGGAGGCAAUCCGGUCAAAACUGGAACUACUAAAAUAACGGUGACUGUCCUAGACAACAAUGACAAUAUCCCGGUUUUCAAAAGGCCAUUGUAUAAUGUAACAGUACACGAAAAUAAUGUAGCUGGUUCUAUAUUAUUAAAAGUUGAAGCAACUGAUGCAGACGAUGGUGUUAAUGGCGAGAUAGAAUACGUAUUUGCAGAACACACACCACAUUCAAUGUUAUCUAUAUUUCAGUUGGAUUCAAAUACAGGUGAAAUUUCCUUGGCCGGUCAGUUAGAUUAUGAGAGUAGUGCAAUGCAUGAAAUAGAUAUAACUGCAAAAGAUAAAGGGAUUCCUGAGAUGGAGGGUCACUGCCGUGUGCAACUCAUGGUAAUAGACAUUAACGAUAAUGCUCCAGAAAUACUGCUCACUUCAAAACCAAACCAAAUAAGAGAGGACGCACCAAGAGGCACAGUAGUUGCUUUAAUCCGAGCCCGAGACCUUGACUCUGGCGACAACGCCAAAGUGACAUUAAAACUCCCCAAAAAUUAUCCGUUCAGUUUAAAAUCAUCGUUUUCUAAUAAUUACGCCCUGGUAACCAGUGGUGUAUUAGACCGAGAGAGAUUCUCUGCGUAUAAUAUUGAGAUAACAGCUACAGAUUCAGGCUCUCCACCUCUAUCCACCAAGAAAAUGAUAGCUGUAAGCAUCACAGAUGUGAAUGAUAACCCCCCUUUAUUCACUCAGCCCUCAUAUAAUGUGUAUUUAAAAGAGAAUGGGGUACCAGGCUCUAUCCUGUACUCGGUAUCAGCAUCUGAUGUGGACUUUGGUGAAAAUGCCAAAAUAUCUUACUCUAUACUGGACUCUAAAGUGCAGGACGUUUCUGUCUCUUCGUAUGUUUACAUUAAUUCAGAUAACGGCAGCAUCUACAGCAUGCACUCCUUUGACUAUGAGAAACUGAAGGUGCUCCAGGUUCAGGUUCAGGCAAAGGAUCAGGGCUCUCCGUCUCUCAGCAGCAACGCCACCGUCCAUGUUUUUAUCCUGGACCAGAACGACAACGCCCCCGCUGUUAUUUACCCCUCCUCCGCUGCCCUGGGCUCCCUCUCUCAUCAGAGGAUGCCCCGCUCCACUAAAGCGGGUCACCUGGUUACCAAGGUGACGGCCGUGGAUGCUGACUCGGGCCACAAUGCCUGGAUCUCCUACAAACUGGCAGAGGCCACCGACGCCUCUCUGUUUAAUGUCAAUAUGUACACAGGGGAGGUGAGGACCAAACGCGCCGUGUCCGAGCAGGACGACUCCUCCCAGAGGCUGCUUAUAGAGAUCAAGGACGACGGGGAACCGGUCCAGUCCUCCACCGCUACGGUGUCUAUCCUGCUGGAGGACGGCCUACAUGAACCCAUAUUAGACCUCCGACAUAAACCGCCCGAGCCCAGCAAGAAAACUGGGAGAAUCACCCUUUAUUUGAUUCUCUCUCUGGCCUCGGUGUCCGUGCUGUCUCUGGUGACUUUUCUCAUCUUAGCGGUUAAAUGCGUGAGGAACAGCAGAAGCAGCGGUAGUUGCUGCAUGGGAAGGACUGACUGUGAUGAUUACAAGAACCCCAACAGAAACCUGCAGAUUCAGCUUAACACUGAUGGACCAAUAAAGUACGUGGAGGUCCUGGGAGGAGACAUGUUGUCUCAGAGUCAGUCCUUCAGGUCCUGCAUGUCUCCAAUGUCCGAGUACAGUGAUUUCACUAUGAUCAAACCCAGUAGCACCACUGACUUCAAGGAGGUGAUCAGUGUUCUGGAUGCGUCUCUACCCGACAGCACCUGGACCUUUGAGAGCCAGCAGGUGAGCAUUAAGGGGAAAAAACAAUAAAUUGUUCAGUGGUGUAAGAAUGGUACUUUACUAUGUAUGUAACCUCAAGGAAAGGG